UUUACUAGAAUAUUGUGUUUUUGUGAAGUGCAUCACAUGUUACAGUCCCAUAGUCGCCUGUCUGGCUUUUGACACGAGUGUCAGUUGGUAGGAUUUGUUAGGUUGUAAGUAUUCCGCUUCAGACCGCAAGUCAACACCACGUGACCUGUUUUCAGGCUGUGCAGGGCAAUGCGGCACUACAUCGGAAUAGACGUUGGUACAGGAAGUGUGCGGGCGGCCAUUGUGUCGGAAGCAGGAGAGCUGGUGGCAACUUCGGUGGCUGAGAUCACGACCUGGAACCCUGUCACCGAUCACUAUGAGCAGUCCUCAGACAACAUCUGGUCUGCUGUCACAACUACAGUCAAAAAUGUGCUGGAGACGUCUGGUGUGGACAGGGACCAGGUGAAAGGAGUGGGCUUUGAUGGAACCUGCUCUCUAGUUGUCCUUGACAAAAACUUCAAGCCUGUGUCUGUCAGUCAAACAGGGCGCCCUGAAUGUAACGUGAUCCUGUGGAUGGACCACCGGGCUGCGACCCAGGCCCACGCCAUCAACCAGACGGGGAGCCCGGUGCUGCAGUACGUGGGGGGCAGGAUGUCCCUGGAGAUGCAGAUGCCGAAACUCUGCUGGCUGAAACAGAACCUGAAGGACGAGUGUUGGAACCAUUCCGCACACUUCUUUGAUCUGCCGGACUUCCUCACAUGGAGGGCCACCCACUCUGUGUCCAGGUCGCUGUGCACGCUGGUGUGUAAGUGGGGGUAUGUGGCCGGGACGGAGACCGAGUCCGGAUGGAGCGGAGACUUCUUCAAGAACAUCGGCCUGGAAGACCUCAUGCAUGAUAACUACAGCAAAAUAGGAAGUGAUGUGCGAGCGCCAGGAGAGGCUUGUGGGACAGGAUUAACCCCGGAGGCAGCAGAAGAGCUGGGUUUGAAACCAGGAACCCCAGUAGGAACAGCCCUCAUCGAUGCACAUGCAGGGGGAGUAGGUUGUCUCGGGUGUGUCCCUGCCAAUCUCAGCAGCCCCCUACCGCCUGUAACCGGUCGACUGGUCCUUAUCUGCGGUACAUCCUCAUGUCAUAUGGCCAUCAGCAAGUCAGCCACAUUUGUUGGUGGAGUGUGGGGGCCUUACUAUUCUGCCAUGUUGCCUGAACACUGGUUAAACGAGGGUGGACAGAGUGCCACAGGCAAGCUAAUAGACUUUGUGAUUGAGACUCACCCAGCGUACCAGGAGGCACUCUCACAGGCAAAUACAAAAGGUGUCCACAUACAUGGCUUCCUCAAUAGCCACAUAGAGGUGAUGAGUGGUGACAAGGGGAGACAAUCUGUUGCUCAACUCACGUCUGACCUUCACAUGUGGCCAGAUUUCCACGGUAACCGCUCACCUAUUGCAGACCCGACUCUGAAAGGAAUGGUGUGUGGGUUGACGCUGUCAUCUGGCGUGGAUAACCUGGCUCUCAUCUACCUAGCUACACUCCAAGCACUCACAUAUGGCACCCGAAACAUCAUCUCCGAGAUGAACAGAAGCGGUCACAGCAUCUCCCUGGUGUAUCUGUGUGGGGGGCUCAGGAACAACCAUCUGUUUGUCACAACCACAGCGGACAUACUCAACAUGACGGUUGUGCUGCCUGACAACACGGAGUCUGUGUUACUGGGGUCGGCCAUAUUGGGGGCCAGGGCUUCCGGGGACUACACCAGCAUCCAGGAUGCAAUGGGAAAGAUGGGAGGCAAGGGUUCAGUUGUGAUGCCAGACCAGAAUGUUCGUCAGUAUCAUGACAAGAAGUACCAGGUGUACUUGAAGAUGUUAGAACACCAGCAGGAAUACACACAGAUCAUGACCCAGUGAAGGAGAAGAGUGAGCAUGGAGGAACAUGAGCAGAAAAACAGAUUGUUCCACACACAGAGUUCUGGCAGCAGAUGCUCCGUAGGCUGGUGAAGCCUGUACGUUUUCUGGACAUGAUUCGAGAGGAACCUGAAGAGAUUAAUGUCCAUGAUUUAUCCCAGGUGGACUCAGGAGCCAUCGGCGAGAAUGUAUUCAUAAUCAGAGCUAUAUCUCUUUCUUAUGUAUUGCUGGAAUCAAUAAUUUGAAUUAUUGUAAUAUAGUCGUGGCAGGGAAGAAAAUGGGUUUAUCCAUUCAAGGUGUUGCAUGCCGAGGUAUGACUUGAAUAAGCUAAAAAUUAACACAAAAGAGAGCUGAAUGUGAUUUUGUUGUGGUUCAAUCUAAUUAACACAAAAGAGAGCUGAAUGUGAUUUUGUUAUAGUUCAAUCUCAUUGAAAUCAGACCUCAGUUCUUGCUACUGCUUAACAAAGAUCUGAGGACAUCCCAUUAGGGAUCACGUCAGAACGACUUUUCAUCCGCCCAAUCAGAGCGUCGCUUACCAGAUCAU